UAACUAGUCUUCUCUCGCUAAACUCAUAGCAAUAACACCGAGUCGUUUUGCUAUGGAGGAGUUUUGCAAUGGAACAUUUUGGGAUUUAAAUGAAACAUGGAACGGCGACUGGCCACAGUUUACAGACUGUUUCCAGAAUACAGUGUUGGUAUGGGUGUCGAGCGGCUUUCUGUGGCUUGCUCUACCGUUCUACCUGUGGUACCUCGUCCCCAUCACAGGAACACCCCUCAAAUGCUCCUGGAAACAUAGAAUUAAACUGGCCAUUGUAGUUAUCCUGAUGGGCCUUUUGAUUUACUGGAUCACAGAUGUAGUAAACACACUGAAACCUGAAGGAGAGUACUUCAGAGCCACGCUUGUGGGGCCCAUCAUACGACUGGCUACCUAUUGUGUAGUGUUCCUACUGAUAUGCCUGGAGAGAAGGAAAGGAUUGGUAACCUCCGGAGUGCUGUUUAUAUACUGGGUCCUGGUCGCUGUUACUCUUAUCAUUCCAUUCUACUCAACCAUCAUUCAAAAGGACUACGUGGACGAGGAAAAGAGAUUUAUAAUCUUUAUGAUUUCCACAGCACUCGUUCUUCUACAGGUGAUAGUUCACUGUUUUGCCGAGGAAUUACCACACACUACCAAGUUUACUUGUCCGGAAAGUAAAGGUUCUUUCCUAUCAAGGUUAUCUUUUACCUGGCUAGACAAGUUGAUGGUGCUGGGGUAUAAAAAGACUCUGACAGAAGAUGAUGUGUUUAAUUUGAAUCCAUCCGAAAAGUCACAAAAGGUUGUACCGAGGUUUGAAAGAGUCUGGAAUUCUGAGGUGGCAAAACAGAGAAUCAAAUGUCAAAAAUCGAGAAUUGCAAAAGUCCCUGCAAGUUCCUAUGAGACAUUCACAGAGAGGACACCUUUAUUGUCAAGCGGCAACCAAGACACCAAAAAGGAACCGUCCAAGGAAAUCGUAGGAAAAGCUAGUUUGACAAAAGUGCUCUUUAAAACAUUUGGACUGGAGCUGUUGAAUGCCCAUCUAUUCAAAUUGUUUUAUGAUGGAUUAAAUUUUGUGAAUCCUUUUCUUUUACGCUUGCUGAUAGAUUUCACUGUGCCUGGAGCUGAUGGUGUUUACCAACAAGUCUGGAAGGGGUACGUCCUGACCGCUGGGUUCUUCCUUACCGUCCUAAUGCAGUCCUUUCUGUUUCACCAAGUAUUCCAUAAGAGUACCACCCUUGGCCUGCGAGUCCGUGCCGUUCUCAUUUCGGCAGUCUACAAGAAGGCAUUAUCAAUGAGCAGCGCAGCAAGAAAGGAAUCCACCAUUGGAGAAAUAGUGAAUCUUAUGUCUGUUGAUACGGAGCGCAUUGUCUCAACAUUACAGUAUAUAUGGGGCCUGUGGUCCUCGCCUCUUCAGAUGGCCAUAGCUUUGUACUUCCUGUACGAGACUACCGGCCCGUCCAUGUUUGCUGGCUUUGGAUCUCUCAUACUCAUGUUUCCCGCGAACGGCUACCUCAUGUACAAAUUACAAAAACUACAGGAAGAGCAGAUGACACUGAAGGACACCAGGAUCAAGGUCAUCACAGAGGUUCUUAAUGGAAUAAAGAUUUUAAAACUCUACGCCUGGGAGAUGUCCUUUAAAGAGAAGAUUGCUGCCGUGAGAAAACUGGAGCUGGCGGUGAUCUGGAAGGCUGGGAUCUAUAACUGUGGAUUCAUGUUCUCCUGGACGAUAGCUCCCUAUCUCGUUUCCCUGGCAACCUUUGUGACCUUCAUCUACACAACGAACACACAUUUUCUUGACCCUCAGACAGCCUUUGUGGCCAUUUCCUUGUUCAACAUACUGAGGUUUGCUGUUAAUGUUGCCCCGGCAGUCAUCUCGGAGGUUGUCACGGCCAAUGUCUCAGUGAAGCGGUUAAGUAAAUUCCUCAACAGUGCUGACCUUGAUGACAGCUGUGUGUCUCAUGAUGUCUCCGAACGUGAUGCAGUUGUGAUCAGGGACGGAGAAUUUUUGUGGGAUGAAGAAGUUGGAACUACUCUGUCAGACAUCAAUUUUCGAGUGCCAGAAGGAGGCCUGGUAGCUGUUGUUGGACAAGUAGGAGCUGGAAAAUCGUCCCUCGUGUCUGCCAUUUUGGGAGAAAUGAAGAAAGUGAAAGGAGAAGUCAAUGUCAAGGGCUCUUUAUCCUACAUUCCACAACAAGCCUGGAUCCAGAAUGCAACACUUCAGGACAACAUCCUGUUCGGUGAGGAUUAUCAGCGACAACGUUAUGAUGAGAUUGUGGAAGCCUGUGCCCUUACCUCUGAUAUGGAUAUGCUGCCGGGAGGAGACCAGACGGAAAUUGGAGAAAAGGGUAUCAACCUGAGUGGCGGUCAGAAACAGAGGGUCAGUUUGGCUCGUGCCGUAUACUUCAACACGGACAUCUAUCUGUUGGACGACCCCCUCAGUGCUGUGGACUCCCAUGUAGGCAAACAUAUCUUUGACCAAGUCAUAGGGCGCAACGGACUAUUGAAAAACAAGACGCGGGUACUGAUAACCCAUGGUGUCCACUGGCUGCCCCACGUCGAUACUAUCGUGGUCCUGGAUAACGGCAAAGUGACCGAGGUCGGGUCCUACGAUGAGUUGUUGAGUCAUGCUGGAGCCUUCGCUAAGUUUCUCCAAACGUACUUUGUUCAGAAUGAGGAAGAUUCUGAUGAAGAAGAAGAUCCUGAAGUUGCUGAGACCAAAGCGAGGAUUCUCCAGCGACUCACGUCAAUCAAUUCAGAUGAUGGAGGUGAACUUUUAAGAGCAUCUGAGUCGGAGAGUGGCACAGAGGACAACAAGACACUCAAGAGGAGGAAGUCUAAAGGGCUGGAAAGGGGCCUGUCUCAAGUUGAUGGGAGAGAAGAAAAAAGGACUGGAAAGGGCGCUGUCUAAGGAAGCUCGACAGAGAAAAAGAUGGAAAACAAGUUGAUAGAGGAAGAAAAAUCGGAGACAGGCAGUGUCAAACUUGCCGUAUUUUUCGCCUAUGCUCGAUCUAUCGGAAUUCCAUAUUUCAUCAUGAUAGUGUUUAUAAGUGCUGGCUACCAGGCUUUGGCCGUGCUCGGCAAUAUGUGGCUCAGUAAAUGGACUGGUGAUGAAACACUCAAUAAUCGUACCAUUGGACCACCGGACAGCCCCAUCUACAUGGAUAAAAACAGCUAUUAUCUGGGAAUCUACGGAGGACUCGGAGCUGGACAAGCUAUUUUCAUCACGGCCUUUUCCUUAGUACUGGUCAUCAGAGCAGUGAAAGCAUCUAAAGUAUUACAUGCUCACAUGCUGCACGGCAUCCUGCGAUCACCGAUGUCCUUCUUUGAUACGACACCUGUCGGCCGAAUCAUCAAUCGUUUCUCCCAGGACAUGGACGUCAUUGAUCGGGAGCUACCCAUGACAUUCCAGAUGUUCCUCGACUGUCUUUUUACCGUGGUUGGAUCGCUGGUUGUUAUAUCCUAUAGUACACCCUUCUUUAUGGCCAUCAUCGUACCUGUAGGUUUCAUCUACUUCCUCGUACAGAGGUUUUACAUUCCGACUUCCCGCCAGCUGAAGAGAGUCGAGUCCAAGACUCGAUCACCGAUCUAUAACCACUUCAGUGAAACACUGUCUGGAGUGAGUGUUAUUCGAGCCUACAGCGUCCAGCACAAGUUUAUCGCAGAGUCGGAGAAGAGGGUCGAUCUCAACCAAAAAUACUCUUUUGCUAGUUUUUCAUCAAACAGGUGGCUCGGUUUCCGGUUAGAGUUCCUGGGGAAUUUAAUCAUCGUGGCGGCGUCACUUCUGUCUGUUAUUAGUCGGGAUGGUAAUGGUAUUACAGGGUCCAUCGUAGGCCUGUCCAUCACCUACGCACUACAGAUCACAGAGAAUUUGAAUUGGAUGGUUCGGAUGUCGAGUGAACUUGAAACCAAAGUGGUUUCCGUGGAGAGGGUGAACGAAUAUGCGGAGCUACAACACGAGGACAAGUUAGUUUACAAGAGCCAUCGGCCAUCUUUGUUGUGGCCAGAAAAUGGUGAGGUGAAGUUUAACAAGUAUUCCACUCGCUACCGACAAGGACUCGAUCUCGUCCUCAAGAACAUUGAUGUCGUAAUCAAACCUGGUGAAAAGGUCGGGAUCGUUGGAAGGACGGGAGCAGGAAAGUCUUCUCUCACCUUAGCUUUGUUCCGCUUGAUUGAACCAGUCGGUGGAAGUAUCAUAAUUGAUGGAGAAAAUCUUAAUCGCAUGGGGCUUCAUGAUUGUCGCUCCAGACUGACAAUUCUACCCCAGGAACCUGUAUUGUUCUCGGGGUCAUUGAGGAUGAACCUUGACCCCUUGAAUACCUACAUGGACAGUGACCUCUGGGAUUCCUUGGAACAUGCACAUCUGAAAACAUUCGUCCAAUCAUUGCCCACUGGCCUUGAAUAUGACUGUGGAGAAGGAGGACAAAACUUGAGUGUCGGACAGAGACAGUUGGUGUGCCUGGCUCGGAGUCUGUUACGUAAAACCAAGAUCCUGGUGCUGGAUGAAGCUACUGCAGCUGUCGACAUGGAAACAGACGAUCUUAUACAGCAGACAAUCCGCACAGAGUUCAAGGACAGCACAGUCCUAACAAUAGCUCAUCGACUAAACACAAUCAUGGACUAUGACAGAAUCAUGGUACUGGAUAAAGGUGAAAUAUGUGAGUUUGACUCUCCUGACAACCUCCUACAGGACACAGGAAGUGCUUUCUACCAACUCGCAAAGGAUGCUGGGAUUGUGUGAUCCUUUCGUAUGAAACCAAAUAACUCGCUCGCAAACACUUGCGCGUACGUCUUUUCAGGAGCAAGCACCCGCAUUUGCUUCAUGAGCGCUCGCCAUCCCUAACACGCCUCCGGUUUUACUAUAUUGAAUUAAGAUAGUCUGUUUUAUAUAUCAGUUUUUUUUAAAUCAAGGCAUUUAGAAUACUUGUCAGCAUUUUACAUCAUCAGGACAAGUUAUAAGAAAUAUUUGAUAUUUGCGAAAGUGUUCGUGAAAUAUUUGAUAUUUGCGAAAGUGUUCGUGAAAUAUUUGAUAUUUGCGAAAGUGUUCGUCUUUUGGUAUUCUAUUCUUAUAUAUAUAAUUCUUUUUUACAAAGUUGACAUACUAAUGUGAUGAAAGUGUUGGAAGGUAAGGGUUCCAUCCGAUUUCGAUGAGUUAUCUCCCUUCCGUUGUAGUUCGGGUCAACCUAUCAGAUAUAUACAUUUAAAGCCAGAUUUAGUUAAAUGUGUUUUGUUUUAUGGUGCUACACAAGUUGGUUUAUGUAAGAGAAUGCAGAUAUUGAUUCAUUACAGAAACAAGCACUGUCGCCUUUUCUUUGAAUUCUGGAGGUUCAAGAGAUUUUGAUUAAAUUGUUGGCAAAUUCUUAUCCGAUGCAAUACCUAGGCUAGGUAAUAUUUUGGAAACUUAUUGUUUGAUAAAUAAACAAUUUUUUAAAAAUUUAUAAUCAAAUUAAUUUCUGAAUUAAAAAUUAAUUUAUAGUCAAAUUAAUCUCUUGAUUAAUAAUCAUAUUAAUUUCUUCUCAAAAAUUGCUUAAUCAUAAGAUAUUUAUAAUUAAUAAUCAAAUUAAUUUCUUCUCAAAAAGAUGCUUCAUCAUAAGGUAUUUAUUUCAGUUUUCUGCUUAUAAGUGUAUGAAUUAAAAUACAUAAUUAAUUAUGUAGGUCAAAAGUCACCCAACAAUGAAUUUACAGGAAUAGGCCAAAGGUCUCAUUAAGGGUACUUUCCAAUAAAUUUAAUCCAAAGCUAUAGACCACCUUACCAAAUAUUUCUAGUCUGUCCUAUUUUUACGUCAGUGAUAAAGAAAACAGUUCUGUAAACUUAUCCUGCAAGGAACAUUUAGUAUCGAAAAUCCAGUAAAUAUGGAAAUUUACACGAGGGGGAAAUUUAUGCUAAAUUCACACAGGCUAUUCGGCCAUGUAAAUGUCCCCUGCCAAUAUCAUUUUGUGAUGUAGGAGGUAUUCAUGGAAAAGGUGAAAAAGAAAAAUUCAUGGAAAUAUCCCCACAGAUGAUUAAUAGUUUACUCCAAACUAAACCCCUUCAGGAAUAACCGCAUUUACAGAACUGUAUCAAAUUUUGUUUAAAAUGCCUAUUACCACCAUAAUGUAUGACUUUAAAUUUGAAAAAAAAAAAAAAAUCCAGGGAAAUAUUUAAUGUUUAAGAAAUGUUUUAUUGCUAAAGGAAUGUAAUUCCAGUAAAUUAUACUUAAAAUAACUUAUGAAUUUUUGUGUUACAAUCUUUCACUAACAAGUACAUUUAUAGUUGCUUCCUUUUUUAUCUUUCAUUUUUUUUUUUUGUCAUUUUUUUUUUUUGUCAUUUUUUUAUCAUUAUUUAUUUUUGUCUUUUAUUCCUUUUUUUUUCUACAUUUGUUGGAAUAUCUUUAUAUCGUUCUAGCAAUAAAUACCUGGAUGUUAUUUACAUUUCUAUCACACUCUCCUGUAGCUCAGUGUCUCCCAUGAUCGUCUCACAUGAGAUCGUCUCACAUGAGAUCAAUAUCUGGUAUCAGUAAAGGUACAUGCCACACCAUCACCAUUCGUUGGGGAUUUUCUUAUCUAAAAAUUCUCAUAGGUGAUAAAAGAUUUUUCUUAUCUAAAAAUUCUCAUAAGUGAUUAAGAUUUUCUUGUUUAAAAAUUCUCCUAAAUGAUAAAGAUUUUUCUUAUCUUAAAAGUCUGGACAGUAUCUUUUGUAGAUUUUUUUUUCUAAUACAGAUUUUUCCGGAACUUUAUUGAUACCAAGUAUGUUAUAUGUUCAUUUGGAAAAACUGUACAAAUCAAGGAAAAUGUAAAAAUAAUUCAAGUUUCUUUCAUUUUUUGUACUUCAGUAUGCUUGAUAGGAAUCCAUUAUGUGUGUUAAUAUAUCUGUAAGAGACCGAAAGGUCGGAUGAAGACUUAACAGUACCUAUGGCUGUUUAUUGUAUUUUUUCUGACACGUGUAGUUUAUGGGUACUAUAUAUAAACUAAGGAGAAUCCAUUGUUUGACUUUUUAAUUGUUAGCUGCUAGUUUAUAUCUAUAAUAUAUAUAUAUAUAGUAUUUUUAUACACCUAUAUAUUUAUAUACAUGCAUAAUGGAAUUGUUUAGGUUAGAGUUUUGUUAAUUAAUCCUGCACACCACUGAUCCAAAUAUGCAUCCUUUCUUAAAUUUUUCAAUAUUUGUUCAUACCAACCAACUCUGACAUGAGGGUGACUGGGGCCAUUUCAUUGAUCAGUUGGACCAGUUGGAUGUAAAAUGUAAACUUUAUUUAUUUUACAACAAUUGCAAUACAAGUUACGGUAUAUCAACUUAUAUUAAUCACGCUUGUUGGCCCGGAUGGAAGCGCGCGAGGGGUCUUACUGUGGGAGGGAAACAGAGUAUACAUGUAUCUGGAAAUCCCAAGUGGAUGGGCAGGUGACCCUAUGCUUUUUCAUGACCGAUUGGGAAAUUGAACCCGAAAAGUGUGUUACCACUGUGGCACUCGACCACCCAACAAAUCGAUUGUAUUAGAGUUGUACAUUGUGCAUGUAUGCCGGAAAUACUACUUUUAAAAAUAGAUGAAUCGGUUUGUCCACAUAAACGAGCAGACCCUUAAUUCACCAUGGCUCCAUGCAGGACAAACGUGGUUUGAAUCAAGAGUUCCUAUGAUUUAGAUCAUGAGAGAGGCUUGAUCACAAAUGAUCCACUCUGUAUGAAUCAAGAGUUCCUAUGAUUCGGAGCAGGAGGAUGGAUUAAUCAAGAGUUUUUGUGAUUUGACAGAUAUUGUUUUAUGAUUACAAAAAUGUUUACUGUUAAAAAAAAAAAAUUAUUCAUUUUAAGGGAAAUGAUGAUUUGUUUGUAAGAUG